GAGCGCCGUUUGGGACGGUCGUGUACGUCGACGGGCUGUAUGAGCGCGGCGGCGUGCUAGCGCAGCGGGCGCGGGUGUGGUAUGCCCGCGCGACGCCGCCAUGGCCCCCAUGUUGGCGGCCUUGGCGCUGCUCGCCUUCCUACCCGUUUCGGAACAAGGUCCACAUGAGAAGCGGCUACUAAACAAUUUGCUAGCUUCAUACAACACUCUGGAACGUCCUGUCGCCAAUGAGAGCGAGCCGCUUGAAGUUAAAUUCGGCCUCACCUUACAACAGAUAAUUGAUGUGGACGAGAAAAAUCAAAUACUGACCACAAACGUCUGGCUCAAUUUGGAAUGGAAUGAUUACAACUUGAGGUGGAAUGAUAGCGACUACGGCGGAGUCAAGGACCUCAGGAUCACACCAAAUAAACUUUGGAAACCUGACGUCCUCAUGUACAAUAGUGCUGACGAAGGUUUUGAUGGGACGUACCAGACAAAUGUGGUGGUCAGAAACAACGGCAGUUGCCUGUACGUGCCACCCGGCAUUUUCAAGAGCACAUGCAAGAUAGACAUCACUUGGUUCCCCUUCGACGACCAACACUGUGACAUGAAGUUUGGUAGCUGGACUUAUGAUGGCAACCAGCUGGAUUUGGUAUUGAAAGAUGAAUCUGGAGGUGAUCUAUCAGACUUUAUUACGAACGGCGAAUGGUAUCUAAUAGGGAUGCCCGGAAAGAAGAAUACUAUUACAUAUGCCUGCUGUCCAGAACCUUACGUAGAUGUGACAUUCACAAUAAUGAUUCGGAGACGAACUUUGUACUACUUCUUCAAUUUAAUCGUCCCAUGUGUAUUGAUAUCGUCAAUGGCCCUUUUAGGUUUCACUUUACCACCCGACUCAGGAGAAAAGUUAACCCUUGGAGUCACAAUUCUUCUCUCGCUGACGGUGUUUCUGAACCUGGUAGCAGAGACUCUGCCGCAAGUCUCCGAUGCAAUACCCUUGUUAGGAACAUAUUUCAACUGCAUCAUGUUCAUGGUGGCUUCGUCAGUGGUACUUACGGUCGUUGUACUUAACUAUCAUCACCGUACUGCCGAUAUACACGAAAUGCCCCAAUGGAUAAAAACAGUAUUCCUGCAAUGGUUGCCCUGGAUACUGCGGAUGUCGAGGCCGGGAAAGAAGAUCACUCGGAAGACAAUAAUGAUGUCGAAUCGAAUGAGGGAACUGGAGCUUAAGGAGCGAUCGUCAAAGUCACUGCUGGCUAACGUUUUGGACAUUGAUGAUGAUUUCAGACACGUUCCACCACCACCGAAUAGCACUGCUUCGACUGGAAACUUGGGACCUGGAAGUUGUUCGAUUUUCCGCUCAGACUUCCGGCGGUCGUUCGUGAGACCGUCGACGAUGGAGGACGUGGCCGGUGGUCUUGGAAGUCACCACCGGGAGCUGCACCUCAUCCUACGGGAGCUUCAGUUUAUCACCGCGAGGAUGAAGAAAGCUGAUGAAGAAGCUGAGCUCAUUAGUGAUUGGAAAUUUGCGGCGAUGGUUGUGGACAGGUUUUGCCUCUUCGUGUUCACAUUAUUCACAAUAAUCGCAACCGUGGCAGUUCUUCUGUCAGCUCCCCAUAUCAUCGUUCAGUGAAGAUAAUCAUUUGAUAUUACAUUUCUUCGAGAGAACUAUUAUUAGUCGUAGUUCUAAGUUAUAUUCAUGUACUAUAACUAUUUUAAUCGGAUUCGACGAUCAUACGCACACGAAUCGGUAUAAUCUAGUCGAAAGACGGUAAAUAUAAACUUCGUCAUAUAUUAUUAAGUACAUCAUAUUUAUAAACAAAUUGUGAUCUUAUGUAGUAAUAUACAAAAUGGUGUUAAUGAUUUGUUAAAGUAUUAGAAGUUAUAGUAUAAUUGAAGUUGUCAUUGGUAUUUUCAUCGUUUUUAGGAAAUAGUUCGUCUGGUUCUUUAUAUUAAUUGAAAUUUAUAUAACCACGAUUUAAAAAAAAUCAAAUAUAAAUUUUAUUUCCAUAAAGUUUAUAACUAAGUUUAUAAUUUAUUCAUUGAACAAGACUCAAACAAUAGUUAUUACCAUCUAAUUCAUAAUACAAUGCUCAAACUGUAUCAUAUUUUGAUAUUGUAGCUAACCUUAAAGUUAUUGAACGAAAUUUACUCGGGAUCCUAAAUAGUUUGCGAUAAAGGAAAAAAUGGGAUCAUUGACUAUAACAUUACCUUAGAUAAGUAAUGUGUAUAGGCUAUCAAAUAUUAUUAGAAGUCGUAUAGCUUGUGGCUUAGAUCGCGUUAUAGGAAAUUUUAUAUCGGAUUCAGUCCUAUUAUCAGAAAUUGGUUGUUGGGUAAAGGAAGUGAGUGUUUUUUGUGUAUUUAGACUCAAAUAAUGGACCCAUUAUUAUAGAAUUGAGCCAAUUAAAAAAAAAACUUUAAUUUAGCCAUUAUUUACAUCGCAUCGGACAUAAUUGUCGUUUCCAUUUCUAUUUUCUUUUAUUCAGAAAGAAGUGGACUGUAUUCAAUGAAAUACCAGAAUAAGAUCUCCACGGCGAUUAGAAGACGUGCAGCUAUAGUAUGUAUGGCUAUGCAUACUGGUUCGGCACCACCAAGUAAUUAAUAGAAAAAAUUCAUAUAAACUAAUAGCAAUAUAAAUGUUUAUUUGAAGUUAUUUCAAAAUGCAAAAUUAUUCCUCGUAUGUUCAGUCGACGUGGUUAGAUAGUAGCUAAUAAUAUAGUAUAACGUAGAUAUAGUUAUAUUAAAGAUAGCUAUAUAUAACGAAAUUAAUAUUUAUUCACGUUUUAUCUAUGUCCGUUCCUCAAUUUCGCUCUUAUAGGUGUCGUGAUAGACUAGUUGUCGUGUCCCCGUUCUAGAUAAUCAUUUCUGUACUAUAAGAAUGCUCACUUAAUUAGUAAUAUAUAUUGUUAAAAUGUUGUUUUAUUUUUAAAUAUAAUAGCUAAGUAUAGCUAUUAUAUUCGCCAAUGUGCGUUAAUGUAUUUGUUGAAGUUCUUUCAGAGUUUUAUUGAGUGAUUACUAUUUUAUUGUGGUGAUCGUAAGCUCAAGCUUAUUAAGGUUUUAUUUCUUUUAACUCAAUUCUUAGUAACCGUUUGUUUAAUAAAAUAAUAUGUUUGCUAAUCGUAGUUAACGAUUAAAUUCGUGGAAUUAGUAAUUAGUGCCAAAUUUUAGACUUUUAAGUUUGUAGUUGUUAAACGCUACGUGAAAAUUUAAUUAUAAUACGAAGUAGUAUUUGUUAGUGCAAUCUAAAUAUAAUAUUAAAUCGCAUUGGGUCGCGUCAAUCGACGUACCAGCCAAUCUUAAAACCUAGUAUAUUAAUAAACUAUAAAUUAAAGGUUGUGAAACAUUUAUAAUGUCAGUUGAUGGCGUUCCAAUGUUCGAUAAAUUAUAAAGUUUUUAAAUCGAGUAGAGGACGUCUACGAUAAAAGAUGUAAAUUAAGAAAUUAACAGUUUUGGGAAAGUAUUAUUAAAAACGUUUAAAAUAAUCGUAUGCUCCGAUUUUUUCUGCAUAUUAUGUCUUCAUUAUCUUAAUAUUAUUAUUAACUUUUAACUACCAACUGGAUUUGUUAGUAAGGUACCUCAUAAGAGAUUAGUAUCGCUCUUAAUUUAAGUAAAUGAAGCUGCCAUUUGUAAUAAUUUUUAACUACGCUCGCAUCACUCUGAUAGAUAGGAACCAAAUAUAAUCACGUUAUUAAAAUGUAUAUGUAAUAAUAUAACCGAUUUAGAUAGCUAUUAUCGUUAAUUACAGUAUCAUUAUGCUUGCUAUAUUUUGCCUGUUUUCUGUGUUAAGUAAAUAAAUAUAUGUUAUUUAAUGAGAAGCUGGACUUUUCAUAGUAGUAUCUGAGUUAUUCGUUUGUUUGUCGUAACCAUUUUGGACCAACCCAAAAAUAAUUUUAUAAAUUUUUCACAUUUUACUACUACCUUUUGCACAACAGAAACAGAAUGCUUUAAAAUUAAAACAGGUAUUAUAAAAAUGAAUUUUCUAUUCUCAAUUUCUCAAUUUAAUAUAAGGUUUUAUUAUUGUUUUCAAUUCCAUAGCGUUCUUGCAAUAAUUUUUGUAAUGAUUUCUUAUUGCGAUAUAUUUUUGGAUGUAAGUUAAAAUGACAGUAUUUUUUCCAUACUAUUACAAUUUCCUAUAAAUAUUGUAAUCAAAAUAGUCAUAUUCAAAACGUUUCAAAUGCAGUGUAUUCUAUUUGUAAAACUUUUAUGCGACUUAAUCUAUUGAAAGACUACGAAGUUUAAUUGGACUUCCCAACAUAUAGUUUAAUACGAAGUAAUGUGUGUUCAUAUUGUAGUCUGCUUUUAUACAAUGUGACUUCUGAAGAUCCAAUUAAUGUGGAGUGAUUUUGUCGCUUUUGUGUUUGCCUGGAACAAGAGGUUCUCAAAGUAAUCUGUGGGAACAAUAGGAAGCAAAUUGAGUAGGAAAACAAGAUCAAACUGAUACGAUAAACAAAAUGUAAUCUCAUAGAAGCACUGCUCCAAGAUAGAGUUAAACGAAACAUCUUUUGUACAUUUAUCAAAAGACUUUAAAAUUUCGAACGUCAUUUUCUUUAUCAAACAUUAUUCUAUAGUUUGUUCAUUUAUAUGCUCAAUUUUCUUGAUUUACAUAUGUUUGAAAUGGAUCAAAAUCGUUUGCACUUAUCAAUCAAGAUACAUUUAUACAUAAAUAUUUAUAAUUAAAUCACAUAUAAUAAUUGUCAAAUUAUGUUCCUUUGGCUCAACCAUAGUCGAAUCAAUUAAAGAAUAAUUAAAUUGACUGCAGGUAAGAUAAAAUAAAACCGAUAAUGUAAGUUUGUAAAGCCCUUGUGGAGGUUUUUAUAAUAUGACAUUAAAGAGGAAAAUAAAUUUGUAAAAAUAUUUAAAUGCAACGGGUAAGACGGUUACUCGUUAAAUUGAUUAUCGU